GAAUUCUAACUUUAACAUUUCACUCAUUUCAUUCUUUAUUCUUUUAUUUUUUUUAUUUUUUUUGUUCAAAAACAAAAGAUUUUUAAUCGUGAUAGAAAGUAUAUGAGAAGGAUGAGGGUCCUACCCACAAAAUACAAGAAAUUGAUUAAAGUAUGACUAAACUCCUCCAUUAUACAAGGAGAACUAUACAUAAAGUUCAGUCCACUAAAGGAUAUACAUAGGUGACAUCUCCUCAAUUCCGGACUAAUCUCCUCUCAUUGCUGUCCAAUCCUUUUAAUAUACCAACCGAAUGCCAAUUGAGUUGAUUAACAUUAAGUAGAAUGCCUUUAAAGGUGUCGGUACAAGAGGUCCGAAAGGAGGAAUAGAAGUGAAGUAUAUCUCACAACAUCUCUACUAUUCUCCACUUUUCUUCAAAAAUCCUAAUAUUUCUCUCUUGCCACACAAUCUAAGGCAUUGUGAGAUAAUCGAUUUGCCAAAGGGUUUUGUCUUUGAUGGAACUCCCCAAACCACUAUAUGAAAUGGUCAACAUGUCACAUAUACUCAUAGGCGGAACUCAAUCCAUCUUGGCUAGAUUGAAUAGCUUGUACUAAAGCCUUAAUGUUAACGAGCAACAUAUAAAGAGAUGGUCGAUCAAUGCUCCAUUCCCCAUGUAUAAGGUGCACUAAUCAUGAUCAAGGAAUUUGUAAGGUCUUCUCAAUUGUAGUAUGUCAUUGGUUUUACCUUCUUGUGCACCAUUAACCAAACAAAAGUCUUGACCUUAGAUGAGGCUUUUGAAUUCCAUAAAAGUUUAGCUAGAGAGAAAGGAAUUAGAUUUGUUAAAUUGGAUAUGGCUGAAAAGAAUGAUUUUACUGAGAAUAAACCUAAAGAGAAUAGAGAUCAAGCUCUUAUAUCUAUAAUGAAUAUCAUAAUUGAUAUUGUGAGGUUGCAAUAGAAGUUAAGGUUCCAAGAAAGAGAAGAAGAGUUAGUAAGGACAAAUGAUGUUGUGAGAUUUUUAGCUGUGAUAAUUUUGUAAAGACUUGGACAUUGUGAAUACAAUAGUUGAUUUCCCCACCACAAAUCUUCCCAAAAACAAAUCUCGAACUGUUACCUAACACAAAGGGAGUGUGAAGAAAAAUCUUAGAAUACUUAUGCAAUGACCUUCCAAGGACAUCUAUGUGACCAUUUGACUAGAAUGUAGAUGUCCCAUCCAAUAGAAUGUGUCCCAUUUGUAGGCAUAUGUGAGAAUGAUCGUAUAUUGGUUUGAGAAAAAAUUGUACAUAUUAUAAGUAGCUAUACAAUGAAAAAAGGAACAAAUUAACUCUUAGGAAUCUAUCCUCAAAAUCAUGGGAAUUUUAAUUAUAACUUCCUAAUUUAAAUUGCUAUAUGCAAUUAUUGACUUUCCUAUUAAGAGGUUGAAUAUCCCUAUUAAAUAAGGGUCAUAAAGGUUGAUUAGUCAACACUCCCCCUCAAGUUGGUGAAUAGAUGUUCUCUAUUCCUAGCUUACUAGUAAUCAUUUGAAAAAUUUGACUUGAAAGUUCUUUAGUGAAGAUAUCCACCAACUGUCUUUCUAUUGAAAUAUAGGAAGUACAAAUUAGGCCAUUGUCCAACUUCUCUUUGAUGAAGUGUCUAUCAAUCUCUACAUGCUUUGUCUGAUCUUGUUGGAUGACAUUAUGAGCAAUGUUAGUAACCAUCUUGUUGUCACAGUACAACUUCAUUGUUCCUUCCCAUUUAAUUUUGAGAUCAUCAAGAAUGGUUUUUAACCAAAGAAGUUCACAUAUUCCUCGUGUAAUAGCCCUAAAUUCUGCCUCUUUGCUUGACCUAACCACAACACCUUGCUUUUUGCUUCUCCAAGUAACUAGGUUUCCUCCUAGGAAUGUGCAGUAUCCUAGGUAGAUCUUCGAUUUUUUAGCACUGACCUUACCCAGUUUGCAUCAGUGUAUGCUUCCAAAUUUAGGUCCAUAUUCCUCUUAAACAGAAUGCCUUUUAUAGAUGUGAGUUUCAAAUAUUGGAGAAUCCUAUAAAUUGCCUCUACAUGGCAGUUCUUUGGUGAAUGCAUGAACUGACUAACCACACCUACAGCAUAGGAUAUAUCAGACCUAGUGUGUGACAAGUAAAUCAAUUUUCCCCCUAGUCUUUGGUACAUACCUUGGUACAUGCUGCCUCAUCCUUGUCAUCCAUAGUCCUAUGAUUUUGUUCAAUGGGGGUAUUGGUUGGCUUACACCCUAACAUCUUGGUUUCCUCUAGGAAAUCAAGGACAUACUUUUGUUCUGAAAUAAAGAUGCCCUAAUGAGCGACCUCAAUACCCAAGAAGUACCUAGCCUCCCUAGAUAUUUAAUGUCAAAUUCUAUAGCAAGAUGCUUUUUAAACCAUUCAAUCUCUUCCAAAUCAUCUCUAGUUUCAACUAUGUCAUCCACAUAAACGAUUAGAGCUGUGACCUUUCCAGAUAUUGAGUGCUUGUUAAAGAGAGUAAGAUCUCCUUGACUUUGUUAGUAGUUCAUCCUUAAUAUGGCUUUAGCAACCGCUUGGACGACAAUGGUAACCCCAUAUGGGAAGAAAGCCAGGGCCUCUCACAUCUCUCUAUAACGCCCUUCUCUCCCUAGUACAAACCCCACUCACUGCCCCUCUCCGCCUCUCUACUACUCCUGCCCUCUAAGGGGUUGAUUGGAAUUCAGAGAAAAUGUUUUGGAUAAUGUAUUGCUUUUGGUAUAUCGGGUGCUGGAUUGUUUCUUAAUCUUUCUGCUUUACAAGUCAAUACUAGCCUUUGCUCAAGGGUUUGGAGCUUGUUACAAAAUUUGAGUCCAUUGAUUAGGGCAUAGGCACUUUUAACCGAAAUGCUCUCAAGAGGAAGAGAGGGAGAUAGCGAGGGGGAGGGUGACGACGAUGAGGCGAAGCUGGAUCGGAAACGGCAGAAGUUCGAGGUGGAAUCGAAAACCUUCGAAGUGGAGGUGGAAAAGAAAAGGGGUAAAACUCUUCUGUUUAUUGUGGAAAGCAAGAAGGGUGUGUCCUCAUGGGUUAAAAUGGGGUCGGCAAGUGUCGGGAUGUUUUUGGAAGGGAUGGACCAGUGUAUUAAGGAUGGGAAGGACGUUAAAUGGGAAAAGGGAUGGAAGGAAAAGGGGAGAAGGUUCUCCAUGGUGCGACAAGCGAACAAGGCGGGAAGCUUCAUUAGGCUAGGAGUCGUUGACGAGGAGGAGAAAUGGUACAACAUUUGCAUCCCGAAAGGGAAAGGGGGAAGAGAGGGAUGGAUAGCCAUGGCGAGAGUGGUUCGAGAUUUGUUUACAAGGGUUGAGAGAAGGGAGAUAAAUAAGGGCGAGUCAAGCCCUAACAGAGUGUUAUCUGUAAAAGGGGAGAGAUGGGGGAGAAGUAGUAUUUUGGGGAUUAGGAUGGAGGUUAAGGGAGAGGAGAGUUGCAGAAAUAAGGAUCGGUUGGGUCAAUGUUUGAUUGGAAAAUGGGAUCCUAAAGCAGCAGGAGGAGGGGACUUAGAGAGAAUGGGGUGGAUGUUGGCGAGAGCGUGGGGAUUAAGAGGGAGGUUAGGGUUGGCCUGGAUGGGUGAGGGUCCAGCCCUACUGGAGUUUGAAAAGGCGGCAGAAGCGAGGAGAAUCCUCGAUGGUGGAGUAAGGCUGGUGGGGGGGAUUAAAGUGGAGCUGAAGGUGUGGAGCCAGUGCUAUGGGUGCGUGGACGAAGGGGAUCUAGAAGAGGAAGCAUGGGUGAGGGUAAAAGGUCUCCCACUGUCGUUAUGGACCCCUAGUAUAUUGCGAAAGGUAGGAGAUGUGUGCGGGGGCUUUGUAGCCAUGGAUGGGCCGACGGAGAGAAUGGAAGAUCUCCGAUGGGCGAGGAUAUUGGUGAAGACGAAAAGGGGGGUGUGGCCAAGUUCCAUAGAAAUCGAGAUAGAUAAGACCACAUUUCUUCUUCCGAUGUGGUGGGAAGUAAUGCCGGUGUUCAGAAAGAAGAAGGAGGAUUGUCGGAGUGCAGAAGGCUGUGAGGAGGGGGACGACGGAGAUGCACGCGCGGGUCGGCGAGUGGAGGAAGGGAGCAGCGCAGACUUCGAGGUACAGUCUCGGUCAGACGACGUGACGGAUGGGCUGCAGGGUGGGAAGGGAAAGGUCUUGUCGGGGGGCCGGAUCCGAUUCGGGUCGCUGAUCCGGGAACCAGUGAUUGGGGUGGAUGUUGGGUUGUACCCGAGUGGGCCUAUCUGUUCCAAUGUGAGUUUGGGCAUUAGAAGGGGAGGGGGGCCCAGCCCAAGUCCAACAUCUGGAGGCAGCAGAGGCGGGCUUGGGUCGAUUGGUAGAAUUAAAGGGCCUAAAGGCAAGGAGAAAGCCCAAGAAGAGAAUCAUGGGUCUCGAGAGGGAUUUUAUAAGGUCCAAAGUUGGGAUAGUGGGCCAUCUUCGAGUGGGUUUCAGGAGAAGGGGGCUCAGCGAGGUGGGCCGCCGCAAAUAGGUCCGAAGUUGAGUAAGUUGAAUCCAGGCCCGAUGGCGGUCUUGGCGCAGUUUGGGCCGCUGGGUGAGGCCAAUAUUGAGUUAGAAUUUUUAAGGGUAAGGGAGAUGGAGACUGUGUUCGCUCAGAAGUCAACAGAGGAGUGGGCAGACAGUGCGCUCCAUGAAGAAGUAAUGAGGUAUGAGGCCUUAUCAUUCUUAGGGGGUCUAUGGGUAUCCGGGAACUCUUCUUCUUCUUCUAUGUUUUCUUUUGGUCGGACUCCAGAGGGGGAGUUCUUUGACCAUUCCGGGGAAGGAAGGGAGAUCUGUCAAAUUGACAGAGAUUCGCAAAGGAAAGAGGCAGAGGGCUCCAGGGCCAGUGGCAGUGCGUGCUGGGAGUUGGUUGAAUUCAAAGGUUCCCUAGCUUCGACAAGGGAGCAGGAGGUGGGGCCUCCCCAAAAUGUGAUUCAGGAUGGAAGGGGGGAAAAGGAACUGGAUUGGCAAGAAAGUAGCCUAGCAAGGUUUAGCCUUUUCCUGGGUUUCUCGACUGAUGGGAUGGAGAAGGAGAUUUUAAAUGUCCUGUCAAAAAUUAGGAAAAGAAGGGAAAAGAUUCACAGUAAAGGAUUGUUGGAAAAAUCGAGGUUUGAAAGGGAGCUAAAGAGAUUGGAAUGCUCUGUGAACUAUGAGGGGGAUAGCAAAAAGAAGGGCUCUUUUCAGGGCAAAGGGAUGCAGAUGAUGUGUGUUUAAUGAAU